CUUGAAGUCAACACAACAGCAAAUAAACAUUGCCUCGAGGCGCAACGAUCAAGAACAUGACCUGUUGUUAUCUAGCUAAACGAAGCGGGACCCACCCUUCCUCUAACUACUUAUCGCACCCUACUUCGCUCAGACUGAUCCUUAGGGCGGCCAACAUUGCAUAUUUCAAACAAUGAGUGAGCACAAUCAGUCAAGGAAUUCGAAUCAAAAUCCUCCUCCCGAAACCCGCACAUCCAGUGAAGCAACUGGUGGUGAAAGCUCGGGCACUAAGGGCAGACGCCGUGGCAAAAUUCGUCGGUUUCUAGGGAAGGUUAAGAAUGCGACUCAAAAGAUUUCUCACUCCCCGAAGGAUUCCCGCGGCCGCGACCCUGUUCUCCCGAAUGUCGAUCGUGAAGGUGCUUCAUCGACUGCGAAUAUCGAGGUUCGGGAUGCUCCUUCUGGUGUGGAACAAGGUGCCGAUCCCCAAUCAGCACUUCAGGACGCCAAAGAAGCUGUAAAACUCAUGAAGCCACUUUCGAUAUCUUCAACCCCUCAGGAUAUUCGACAGUAUUAUCGGGACGCUUGCGGAGGUACAUCCAUAUGCCAAGUUGGCACUGAGCGUAUUGUCUUGGGCCGCAAAGAUAAUUCUUACUCAAGCGGAUCGCGAUACAGCAAUACUCGACCUUCUCCAGAAGUUGGGUGAUGUUUAUGGCUUCAUUACAGAAGACAAGAGGCUUCACCAGAUUUCGUCGAUGCACACUAUCCUUGGACAGAUUUCUCAGCAGAUCCUUGAAUGUGCCUAUUUUAUUAGAGAUUAUUCGGAGACCAAAAACUUUUGUGAGUCUUUAGCAAGUAAUUGCACUUUUCACAGUCUCAAUCUUC